GCAUGUAGAGUUAAGAAAAAAGCCGUAUUUAUUUCACUAAAAUUUAUUUUUUGCGAUAUAAAGGUGCAAACAUGAUUAAUUGAUUAAUUUCAUAUAUUGUUUACGUCACGUGACCUCUUUCGCGGGAAAGAAAAAAGCUGCAAUGGCGCAGGGGAAAGUCACGGAUUACUUUUCUAACAGAAAACGAACUGGAAACCUGCAACCGUCCAAGAGAAGAAAAGUUCAAAGAAUAGAGCAGUUUGACUUGGGUUCUGUGACGUUUGGGGAGACUAAUUUAAAGCAGAAUGCAACAGGAACGCAGAAUUCUGAAUCGGUAACAGAUGUCCCCAUUGUUUCCAAAAAAUUAAAAACCAAGACAGAGGGGAAGGUCACUUCAACCAGACGGUCCAGUCGCAUUAAAACUGGAAAAUCUGCAACUGCUACCAAAGGUGAAAUCGAUGAAGCUUUCGAGAGCAAAACAAGAGUCAAAAGCAAGGCGGUUCAGCCUCUUGAGUCGGAGAAAGCGAGUAGCGAGUGUACUGUUUCAGAGACCGUGGAAGAAACCACGGCCAUUGCUGAUGACCACAAUGGAAGUCCACCUUGCACUCCGACCAAGCGUUUUUCAGAUGGCGAGAGCACCGAAACUGUGGCAAGAAAGAGAAGUCGAGCAGCCAAGGCUAUGCAAAAGGAUCUUUUAUCGGAAUUUAAUGCAAAAACCCCUGAAAGAGGAUUUGAUUUUAGUGAAUUUGCCGAGAAACCGAAAUUGACCACAAAUGCAAGAAAGAAGUUGGUUUUAAAGGUUGAAACUGUUUCUAAAAAUACUAAAGAAGUACAAGCCCCAUCUUCUAAAGAAAGUAUGGAGAAGGUAGAUUCAGCGGCUCAGAAGAGUAAAGUCAGUGUGGAGAAAGUGGAAGGUGACAAAACUAAGGCACAGGGUCCUUCAACUAAAGAAACUAAAGAGAAGACAGUUUCAGUUGUGAAAUUGGAACCCUCUCCUCCGUCGACCCCAACACCUAGCUUUCAAAAAUCUAAGGCACUGUCAAAAUCCGAAGAAUUGUCCAGGGACGAGACGCUAUCAGUAGGGACCCCAACUAUGGCAAGAGAACCCAGCCAGGAGACCCCCACCACCAACUCCACCCCCCUCCGAGAUAAAGUUAAGUCAGUGUUGAAGUCUUCGCCUGUGGCACAGGAGAGUAAAGGCAAAGUGGAAAAAGUUGAAGGUGACAGUGGAAGUGGAAAAAUACAGAAGUUGACACCAGCUGAGAUGAGACAGAAGCUAGCUAAGUGUGGCAAGUUAGCCGAGUUACAGGAGAGGCUGGCACAGUUUGAUAAAAGUUCUGCCAAGCUGAGAGAAGCCAAGGCCAAGAAUGCAGUGAAGGAAGCUGAGAAGGAUAAGAAUGAAGAGGAGCCUGAGAGUAAAAAGACAGCACCUGCAGCCUAUGAGAGAUUCCACAGCCUGGCCCAGCCAGUGGCGCCAUCUCUCAGCCUGCCCUACAAAUACAAGGUGCUCCUGGAGAUGUUCCGAAGCAUGGACACAGUCGUCAGCAUGCUGCACAACAGGACAGAAAUCAUCACAUUCUCCAAACUGAAGAAUGCUGUACAGGAGAUGUUGAGAAAGAACUUUGAAGUGAAACACGUGGGACAGAUCAAGACAGUUAAUCCUUUGGCAUAUAUCUUUAAACAAGAAAAAGGCCUACCUGAGUUUGGGGGAAAGUCUACUGACUACCAGCUAACUGUACAACCCAACUUUGAUACAGACAUCUCACCAGAUCAAUUGAAGAAUCUUCAAAAUGGGUCGACAUUCAACCACACGCCGUUCACUGCCACCACUCUGCUGGAGAGAAGGAACGUCUUCCAUCACAACCUGGUGUCUAUUGUGAAGCGCCAUCACAGGGAAUUCCUCUCCAACUUGAAGAGUCCCUUGAAUGUGAAAGAUGACGACUUGCGGAGAUGGCACCCGAAGUUUAAACUUGACCAGGUACCCGAUGUGGUUCCAGCACCACUACCAGAGGCACCAGUGGUCCGGAAAUACUCCACUGCCACCGAUGUGCUCUCACAAGCAAGGGGAAAAGUACCAGCUAAAGUGGAAAGAGCACUUGAGUCUGUGGCCAAGUUGAAAUUAAUAAAACCAGAAGAUGCCACAACACCCAAAAAGGAUAAAACAGUGUCUGCAGAGAACAACUCGCCUACCACUACACUGAAGGGUGUUCCAUCAUCUCUCUUGGAAAGGAUCAGAGCCAAGGAGGCAGCUAAACUGGAAGCAGUUUUAACUCGAAAACCAGAGCAGGAACAGCGAUUGAAAAUGCUGGAACGUCUCCCUGAGAUAGUCCGUAUACUGCGGUCGUAUUAUGUGACAGAGAAGAAGCCAGCUUUGUCCAUGGAGGCUGCCACUCAGAAACUUAUGGAUAGUUACAGAUCUGGAAUUGGAGCAGCUGAUGUGGAAACCCACCUGAAGUUGCUGACAGAGGUACUGCCCGGCUGGUUGACUGUGAUCACUGUGAAGAAGGGGAAGUUUAUCAAGAUAGACAAAAACCAGGAUGUCAACUCCCUGGUAGACAAACUGCAGAACAUUAUUAAGGAAAAGAGCUGAAAAUGAAUCUUCAGUAGAAAGAAAUGACCAUAGCAUACCUUCAUGGAUGAAAUUUUCUGAAAAUACAGAGCUAUGCAACUUUUGCCUCAAAGUGGAAUGAACUGCAACAGGAGAAAACAGGAGAAAUUCUUCAGGAGAACACUAAACUGAGACAUAUAAGUUGAAGAAGAAAGAAAUUGAUAUGGAAGAUAACUUGAUUUCAAAUGCCCUUGAUCUGAUUAGUGAAGUUUUUGUUUGGUUCCAUGUAGUUGUCACUUAGUUUGUGAUUUACAGAUUGUUUUUUAAAAGGCAGAUGUGCAUGCAGGACGGUUUAAGCCUGUUGAUAAAUAUACUAAAUAUUUAGAGGAAAAAUAGAGACUAGACUAGUUUGCAUGCACUUGCAGAUAUUUGACUUAUAAUGAAAAACAUAAUAAUAGUGAUGAUUUUAGUUAUGUUAUAAAAUUUAAAAAAUGUAGUUUAAGUAUUUAAACUUAUGAUGCCUAGUAUUGUCAAAGGUCAAAUAAGCUUCAACUGUGAUGUAAGAACAAUUCAAUUUUUGUUUCAUGUUUGGUUGUGCUUUUAAAUUUGGUGCUUCAUUCAAAAUUGGUCCAACUUGAGAUUUUAUAUUUGAUUAUUGCAUUUAUCCAUAAUCAAAGAACAUACUUGAAUGUUUACUUGAACUCCUAGAGGAAAACCUUCAGACUCAUUUAAAACUUGUUUUACCCUGUGAAUUAGCAUUACAUUUUUUGCAUGGACUUGUUUUUAACAAAGAUACAAAGAACUUUCAAAAUUUUUACAGAAAUCUUGUUCUCUUUCUUUUAAAUAAUAAAUUAUUUUCCACCAUUUUGUCUAUCACAUUUGUCACUAUAUCAUUACCUCUUUACCACAACAAAACUGACACCGAGGUCACUGAAAAUGCAAUAUAUUUAUUUUCCACAUUCUUCUCAUUUCUCCCGGAAGUCUCUACCAGCCAUAGCAAUGUUAUGUUCCAAGAUUAGUAUUUUGGUCAACAGUCAAGCUAUAAUUAUAUAUGGAAAAAGCUGGUGGUGGAUUCUGCAGCAUUCCUGUAUUAAAAUUGAGUUGUCAUCUUUGA